AUGUCAAGCGGCGACUACUAUGGCGGCGGUGGCCAGCAAGGCUAUGGAGGUCAGGGCUAUGAUGGCGCGCAUCACGGACAGCAGCAAGCGCAAGGCUACCAAGGCUACCCUCCACAAGGACAGCCAGCUCACGAGCAGUAUGGCGGAUCGCAUAGCCCAUACCCACCCCAGGGACAUAGCCCGUACCCAGCACCACCCCACGAUCAGUACCAGCACCAGCAGCAAGGCUACAACGCCCCACCGCAGAACCAGUACGAUCAAGGCUACGAUCCCAACCGCAGCCACUCUCCCUACCCGCCUGCGCCACAACACCAGCAUAUCCAGCCGCACCAAGGCUACCAGGAUCCCAACCAGCAACACGGAUACGGUGGUCAGCCCGGAUACGGCGACCACCAGCAGCCGGGCUAUGGUCAGCAGCCGGCUUACGGCCAGCCCGGCGCUCCAGGAGGUCCAGCCGAAGGCGACCGCGGCCUAGGUUCGACUCUCAUCGGCGGCGCUGGCGGCGCAUUCCUGGGUAACAAAAUGGGCGGAGGAACGUUGGGCACGCUCGGCGGCCUUGUUGCUGGUGCUAUCGGCGCGAACGUGCUAAGCGACAAGAAAGAGAAGAAGCACAAAAAGCACAAGUCGCAUGGCAGCCACGGCUCGCAUCACGGCUCUUCUCAUGGCUCUUCUCAUGGCUCUUCGCAUCAUGGCUCCUCGCACCAUGGCGGUUCGUCGUAUGCGGGGUCGGCGGCGGUGGGCGGCUUGUAUCCGGAGAGCCAUGGUGGGAGUAGCCAUGGACAUGGACACAAGAAGCACAAGAAGCACAGGAGCCAUAGCCGCAGUCAUAGUCGUGGUAAGAGCAGCUCUUCGUCGAGCAGUGACUCGGACUAGGAUUGCUUUGAUUGGGCAUUGCUUGCGUUAAUGUGAUAUGACUUGUUUGCUCUGCGCGGUUGCGCGAGCGUUGGUAUCCCAUAAGAUAAUGAAUCCCGUAUUAUUAUUACUAAA